AUGGACGGGUACCGUGGAGACGACAACGCUACGUUCAUGAACGAGGUUUCCAAGGUCAAAAACGGGUUCGAAAACUACAAAGAGCUCAUCCAGCUUAUCGAUCAAAGACAGAGCAGUUUGGUGACCGAGUUCAGCUCAGACAGAACACAGGUGUUGAAGCAGCAGAUUAACAAUCUGUCCAGCGAGGCCUCGGCCACGCAGCAAAAGCUGAAACAGGAGGUCAAGGGCUUGUUCAAGCUUGCAGGAACUGACGAGACCAAGCAGCAGCAUGCAAAGUCGUGCCAGAACACUUUCCUCGGUUUAAUCCAGGAGUUUCUGAGGGUCGAGGACAAGUACAAGCAACAGAACCUGAACCAGGCCGAAAGAAGAUACAGAAUCGUCAACCCAGAUGCGUCCGAGCAAGAGGUUGAGACGUUUGUCAACGAAAUGGGCAGUGACCAGAUUUUCGCAGACGCUUUGCUCACCAACAGAAGAGGAGAGGCCACUGCCGUGUUGCAGGAGGUGCAAACCAGACAACAAGAGAUGCAAAAAGCUGAGAAGAUGGCUGCUGAGUUGUCGCGCUUGUUCGAAGACAUGCAAUUGCUGGUUGUAGAGCAAAAUGAGGUCAUUGAAGCCGUGGGCGUUUCCGUCAAGGCUGCGCAGAAGGAUAUCCAAUCCGGAAUCAAGAAUGUUGACGAAGCCGCCAUUUCUGCUAGAAAGGCCAGAAGGAAGAAGUGCUGGAUCUUCUGGAUUGUGGUGAUUAUCCUCUGUGUCAUUAUUGCUGCUGUUGUUGGUGGUGUCGUUGGUUCCAUCAAGAACUAG